AGCAGUGAAAACGGUUCGGUUCGGUGCUAAUUCUUCAGCUCUUCUGUUCAGUCAGCCAGUCGGUUUGUCAGUCUGUCCGUCGACCAGUGUGUGAGUAGACCGGUUUGGCUGGGUUCUAGGAUUUGUAACGGGAGUGCGUUUAGGGACGUCUCCCGCGCCCACCGCCCUCUUCCACCAAACAAAAAAGAAGAAGCAGUUCCAUUCAUCUAACCUUUGUGCGUUCGGUCGUUCGUCCGGUUCAUCGAAGGUGUGCUUCUCCCAUCGUUUCAGUGUAUUGGCAAGUGUGGGUGUGCGUACAGAAUAUUUGCUGUUGUUGGUGCUGCGCUGCCGCAGGAGGGGGCAAAGAUUCGCGGAAACAGGAUUCUUUCCGUUCUGUGUGUGAUUUUCGUGGUGGAGUGGAAUUCUGCCGGGUUCGUAACGGAAGAAGGUACGCUAAAAUUUAGCCGUGUCGGACGACGGGUGUGGAAAUGUAGUGGUGCAGAGUCGGGAUAAAUUAGAGCCGCAAGGUGAUAUCGACGAGGAAUUUGUUUUGCCUGCGAGAGCGAAGAAGCGAAGUGGAGUGUCAGUGUGUGGCAAGCGAGAUUAAAUUAAAAUAUCUCGGAUUUUUCGGCAGAAUCAAACAACUUACGAGUGGUGGUGCUGAUUCACGAUACAGCUGAGUGAAGGGAACAUGUGCUGAAAUCUUUAUUGCACAAUCAGUUGCGGGGAAAUCACAACGAAAACGUGAAAAUCUGGAAUAUUGCUGUGUUAAUGGUGUUCGGGAGUAUUCCGAAAGUCUAGGACAGCUGGCUGUGUAUCAAGGAUUAAUUUCCGACCACGAGUUUUGCUGCAGGAUUUAUUCCCGGAACCUUGAUUCACACUUCUUUCAUCUCGACUGGCAGAAACAACUUACAGCGUAAACUAAAAGAUAGCAACAGCAGCAGCAUGACGGACAGCUAAGAAAAGGAACGCACGGCUCUUGGCAGCAGAUCACUCUAAUCAGUCGGAGUCUGUGACAGGCAGCACUGAUACCGAAAGGAAAAAAACAACAAACAUAUAAGAAUCCUUCCCGCUGUUCACCUAUUUGACAUAUCUACGACAUUAUCAUCGAAUCAAAGUAGAGCAGCUUAUAACGUACCGAUCUUCGGUAAUCCCAACCAUACAUCAAUCGGGUUGGAUCGAAGACCCGGUUCAGCUACAGUUUACAAGUGGCUACAGGCUGUUUACAACGAAAAUUAGGAAGGGAUGAGGCCUCGUAAUAGCAGUUAGUGCCUGCCAAGUUUAAAGUGAAUUGAAUACAGCAGCAAUCAGGUGUAGUGAAUAGAGGUUCAUGUGUGUAGAAUAAUUCCAAUUUUUGUAAGCAUCUACAAUCUGACGAAAGCGGGAGUAGAAUUUUCGGAGUGCUUGUGUGCGUGUGUACGUGAUUAGGUGAAAAAGAAAAAUAUCAAAUCAGCAACAAUGAAUUUACGACAUCAGGAAACGUUUUGUAUCGUACUUUUGAUAAGCGCCAUCAGUAUUACGCUCGGGCAGGACUUCCAGUUUGCCAGCGAGAAGGAGGAGGAAGUUCAGCCGAUGCUAGCGGAACCACUAGACGUAGUUAGUAAAGGGAAAUCCAUCAAAUCAAUUUACUCCAAGGAAAAAGCCCAAUGCCAAGAGACGCAGAACAGGAUUAUGCUGUCACUGGUGCUUCGAUCACACAGCUGGGACGAAAUCGUGGAAAAGAAACGUCAGAAAGCCGUCAACAAACUGUCCAAGUUCUUCCUAAUACCCAAGGAAAAUUUCAUCAUUGACGACGCCAACCGGUUGGAAGUGCACCAGAUGACGACGAACGCAAUCCGACGCGGCCGAAACAAUUUGAGCAGUUCGAAGCGGAAGCUGGGACGAAUAGGUUUUUUGAUUGGCUGCGGAAAAACGAUUUUCCCCAGCGAAAAACUGAUCGCCAACACCAUCGCACAACAGAUGAAGGAGAAGGCACUGGAUGACAUCUCAGGGUUGGACUUUGGGUGGUGGUCAAUCUGGACCGAGCACACCGGGGAAGGUCACCACCAGCAUCAGCAUCACAAUCAGCAGCAACAGGAAAAGCGGAAGCAGUUCCAAUUUCGAAGGGUCCGACGGCAGACAAAUGGAGAAGAUUAUGAGAACGAUGAGGAUGAUUAUGAUUACAACUACGACGAUGAAGAUGAAGCUGAACCUACCGAGAUUCCCCAGCAUGCCCACCGGCAUCAUCACGGCGACGGUUCGCAGUCACCGUCAGGCGACCACUCGACUCCUAACAGUGAUACAUAUGGCAAUAAGCAACCAACUAAAAGCAUCGGUUCCCCCGCGGUUGUGGGUGCAGGAGGGCUGAUGAAACACUACGAACCACGCCAGGAAGCGGAAACGGAUGAGGACAAUCUGAUAGUGCCUGCUGGCGUGCUGGAUCGAACGGCCGAUACACACGGUCGGAAAGCUGGCCACGGAAAGAAGAUGCAUGUGACUCAAACCGAGCCGAAUGACCAGUUCGAUUUCACCCAGGCGGACAUCCGGGAGAGUGUUUCGCAGCUGGAGUCGACAAUUACGAAAACCAUUCAGAACAACGAACAGCUCAAAAAGGAGGAGGAAAGCUUGCUUGCGAAAAAGUCCUCCAAACACAAACCGAUUGAUAUCGAAAGAAUAGUGGAGACUGAGCUAAUGAUGCCGGAUAUUGAGCAGUUGAAGGGACGAGAUGUGUUCAAGGAUGACUACGUGAUUGAAGAUAUUGCGACCCCGGCGGUUUCGAUUAAAAAAGGUCCCAUUGCGCCAACCCAUAAAGCUCCGGCGACGAGCAAAAAGUCCCACGGUUUACUCAGUGCCACCACCAGCCAUCCCAGUAAAAGUCAGUUGACCAGCACCAGAUCAAAUCAUUCGUCUACCAUCAGCAGCACAAUGUUUACGACCAAAACGGCCACCACACCACAGACCACCCUAGCAAUGCCGGAAAUGACCACACAGAAGACCACAUCCAUUGAUCCAACUAACGGCGAUAAUUUAUCUAAUCAACAACGGUGGACUAGCCCCGACGAGUCCCUGCCCGAGAGCAGUAGCUCGCCUAAUAAACGGCAAGCUCUUUCCACUGGAACUAGCUCCACUACGGCCCAAACCACGGCCACCAGUACCACCACGCCGGCAAUGACGACUAAAACAACGGAAACCUUGCCCUUGGCCGCCGCAGCCACCAGCAGCACCCAAAGCACCCCACGUAGCCCCAGUACCGUUGCAACCGAUGCCGCGAUAACGACACCGCUUUCGCCUCUAACCACGGUCACCAGCACCACCACUGGUGAGGAGAAGGAGGAGGUGGAAGAAGCGACCAUAGUGUCCACUGCCGCUACUAACACUCGAUCCACUAACAAAAAUAAGUCCGACUACAAAGCCGCCGUUGCGGCCGCUGCUACUCCUCUCGAUGAAGUGCAGACGGAUGACCAGGAUGAUGAGUCCCCGGAAGCACUGUUACCCACCUCGUUGGGAACCCCACCGUCAGGUCCGAAAACCGACACCGACGCGUCUGCUACUACGUCCACAAUAUCCAUCACUUCGGCAGGCUCGAUCCCAACGCAGGCUGGCACCUUGGAUCAUGGUCGCCAUGUAGCUACAACCACCGCCUCCAUCAAUGAUUUUCUGUUCGGAUCGGACGAUCGUCGCAGUGAAGAAGAAGCACCUGGUGAAGAAUAUACCGAAGAUGAGUACGAAGAUACGGUCAUAAUAACCGAACUGCCCAAUUCAGUGGCCCCGAUCGUUCCGGUAUCAACGAGUACCGUACUGUCCUCGACGAGCAAAACCGUAAGCAGUACUCAAGUGGUGACGGAAGCAGAACCUGCCAGUACAACGAUUGAGCCGGUUGCUUCUAGUACUACAACUACUACUACUACAACCACUACCACCACCACCACACAGGCACCGCCGCCUUCGACAACAGCAACAACAGAAACAGAAACAGCAACCACAACACCGCUUGAGCUCGUAACAGUGCCACGUGUGGUUUUUGUUGAAGCUACCACCACACCUGCUAUAACUACUACUACUACUACUACUUCUACUACUGCUACUAGUACCGCUACCGCUUCUGCCGAUAGCGACAGUACUACUACUCUUGAAUCAAAGGUCACAUCUCAACCGACGGUGAGUAAAACUCCAGCAGCGACCGGAGGAAAGCGGGAACCGAAAGAGGACGACACCUUCGAAGAGAACUACGAUGAUGAGUACGACGACGAACUGGAGGAGGAACCCCCGACCAGUGCUGCCCCUGUCGGCAGACUGGCGAACAGUGUGGAUCCGAUCGCGGCUGUUACUACCGAGUCCACAACUCCCGAACCACCAACUUCACCAUCAUCGACAACCGCCCUGUCCACUAGCCCGUCAACAACGACCCCUGCAACGAGUACUAUUGCCGAAGCUAGUACAACAAUACCGACGACCGUACCUACGGUCAUCAGUACAACGCAACCUACCACAACCGAAACGGAUGAGCCAACAAAUAUGUACCCCAUCAUCAAAAACCGCAUACCGAAGCAAGCCAUCAUCGCCGGUAAAGUGUUCAGUCUACCGGUACCACUAGAAACCUUCCACGACACCGAAGACGGCAAUAACUUACGAUUGGAACUGUACGAUAGUCACGGCUACCCACUGAAGAAUAAUUCCUGGGUACAGUUCAACGUGGAAACCAGAGAAAUAUAUGGUCUUCCGCUGGAAAAGGACGUUUCCAAGUGGCACUACAUCCUGCAAGCUACCGAUUCGGGUGAGAAAUCCGUCAACGAAACCGUCGAUGUAUCCGUCCAGCAGCACAAGUCCCACCGCAGUGUUAAUCAUGAGAUCAGUCUGGCUCUACGCCUACAGCGUAAAUUCGCCAGAAACGUCGACUGGCAGAUCGAAGUGAUCCGUGGUAUCGCCAAGGUGCUAGGCGACGUAUCACUAACUAACAUCGUGGUUCGCGAAGUUCGUAACAGUAUUCAGGAUCCGAAUCUGGCUACGUUCGUGUAUACCAACGAGACCCUACCGAAAGAUCGCUGCCCGGAGGAACGGCUGGAUGAUCUGGUCGCUCUACUGACCGAGAAGGCCCUAAACGAUGCACUUAAUCCGGACAUUCUGGUGAAAUCCGUUCAAGGUCAACAAAUUGGACAGUGUCUAAAGUCGCAGAUUCCGAAGGUGAAACCAACGCAGAUUACGGCCACGAAGAAUUUUGCACCCACGACAAGGAACCAGGUGGAUCGAGUGAACGCCACCGUUGGUCAUCUGCUUGUCUACAAAGUGCCGUCGGAUACGUUCUACGAUCCAGAGGAUGGUACCGAUCUCAAGUUGAAGCUGCUGACAACGGUACGAAGCCCACUGGAUCAGUACCACUGGUUGCAGUUCGAUUCGAAGAAUCACGAAUUCUUUGGCAUCCCCAGAACGAAUGAUGUUGGUCAGAAGGAAUACCUACUGAUGGCCGAAGAUCGCGAGGGACUGACUGCCACCGACGCCCUGGUUGUAGUUGUUCACCAAGCUCACCCCAAACGUGACUACAGUGUUCUGUUCGAGCUAACCCUGGAUACUACCCAUGAGCAGUUCAGCAUAGCACAGACCCAGCGCCGAUUUAUCGAACGCCUCGCUCAGGUAUUUGGUGACGCUAACACCAACUACAUCCAUAUCCGGAACAUUCGCACAAUCAUACACACCGGUCAGGUGCAGGUGACUUUCUUCAACACGACCCUCUACCGACAGCAUCAGCGCUGUCCGGAUGAGGAGAUCGAAAGCCUGCGGAACAUUCUGCUCUACCCGGAUGGAACUAUCCGCGCAAAGGUACGGGAGAUUCUCGGUCAGGAGUUUAGUCUGCAAAACGUCAGUCUUAUUCCGGUGGGAACUUGUCAGGGUUACGACACUCCGAUCCACGUUACGAGUGAACCGGAGAAAGCUCUACCGCCUCCCAUCGCCAAGGAUGAUUACCUGAUCACCUUCGUCCUGCCAGCUGUGAUAAUCCUGGCGAUGCUGCUGAUUGCUUUUAUAGCAGCAUGCGUCCUCUAUCGGAGACGGCUCACCGGCAAGAUGGAACUUGAAUAUAUCAAUUUCCAACCAAUCGCAUCCCAAUCCCAUCAAGGUACCGAUGAGGAACGCAAGUCGUUCCGCUCCAAGGGCAUUCCGGUGAUAUUCCAGGACGAGUUGGACGAGAAGCCGGAGAUCGGCAACAAGUCACCGGUGAUACUGAAGGACGAGAAGCCGCCCCUGCUGCCGCCGUCCUACAGCAGUACCAAUAACGAUGGUGAAAACGAAGACGUCGACGAAUAUGUGCCUCCACCGGCCGUCGUUGUUGGUGGUCGUGAAACACGGGGCAAAUCACCGGUGACUCCGUCAUACCGGAGGCCACCGCCGUACGUGUCACCUUAGAAGCGGGCCAAUCGUAGUGCCACCUCAAAUCAAACUAUGAACCACCAGCACCACGGAAACAGCAGCUAGAUUCUCGGUCCAAAAUAGGUUCAAGGGCGGAGCUGUGACACUACGACCCCUUCCUCGGGAAGCAGAUUAGUAGUUUUUCGAUUGGUGUUUAAUCACUGAAUACUAGUGAUGAAAGAUAUAGAGAGAGAAUAGAAUCGAUUAAGCACAGAUGACAAUGAUCGGAACACAGGAAGAAAAAAUCCUCACAUUUCUAUUGGCAGGAACAGAAAGUCUUUCGAGAGGAUGUGAGUUUUUUUGCAGCAGCAUAUGAAAAAGUUGAUAUUUUUGUAAAAAGAAACCAGCAAAAGAUCGUGAAGAGAAUGAUAAGAAAUCAAUUUGUAGUCAUCUUACGCUAAGAUAUGAAGUUAAUCAGACGAAAACAUACAAACGUAGUUUAGUAGGGUAAGUUUUAUAACUAUUUUUUUUCGAUUGAAUUGUGAAACCAACAGUUUUCGGUUAUUCAGCAUCCGAAACUACCAAAUAGUUUUGUUUGUUGUGAUAAGAUUUUCCCUUCUAUAAUCCUCGUUUCGCUUUCCGUUCAGGAAAAUGCAAAACGAGCGAAACGCACAAUAAUGUUUUAAAUUAGUUCGUUUAGAUUUAAAAGCACAACACAAAGCAGCAACAGAGCUUAAAAUGAUAGUGAAACAAAGCACUUUUUAGUUCUCGAAAUUAAUCGGGCGGCUAGUAAAUGGAUAUUACACCUAUAAAUGUAAAGCACCUAAUCAAGUGAAUUAUCUCGUACUACUCUUUUAGGAUAAAUUUACACCCCUAACAGCGAUACCCUUUACUACCUGCUCCGGCAGACAAGGCGCGUGAUUUUAUAAAUUACGGCAACCGUAAAUACAGCGAAUGUUUAACGUGUUACAUAAAUACGAACUCAACUAGGAAUUGUCGGCUAACAACAAAAAAUAUUGGAAAUCAUCAUCAAUGCAAAUGCCAAUUCAGGCCGAAUGAUAUGACAAGCUUAUUAUAAAAAAUAUCAAUUUCCAAAAAAGCAACUAUCUCGAAUUUCGAAUAAAAAAAACCGAACGUCCGCCCCAGUCAGAACCCGCGAAAUCCUUAUGAUCUCACAUUCUUACGUUUCGAACCCCCUACAAACCCCCAUAUUGAAGUAAUAGUUUUCAAUGAAACUCGCGAAACUUACAAAUAACUGCCAUAUUAAUGAGAUAGUACUAGACAGCAAGAGAGAGAGAGAAAGAGAGAUAAUAACAUAUGAUGGACUUAAUAUAAUUUUUUAAAGUGUGCAUUUAGUUCUGGUACCUCCCGUUUUCAUGCACCCGGGAGGCCAUUAACAGUAAGAAUACAAAUGUAUAAGAAAUAUGUAAAUCAGUCCCUAGGACGACUUUGCCAAACAGACCAGAAUAAAUUGGUUUCCAAUUGAAAAAAAAUACAAUCAUCCAGAACAAACAACGAUUUUCCAGCUGAGAAUGUAAAAUUCAAGUUAUAACGCAAUCUGCUGCUGCCGCUGUCGUUUCAAAAACGAAUCAAACAAAAGCAUACAGGAUUUUCCGUUUCCAACAGACUAUUGCUUUCCUUGUGUAAAAGUUAUUCGCUAGUUUUAAUUGCUGCUAUUUAAGUGUAACGCUUAUCUCUAUACAUAUAUUUUUUAUAACUGCCAAUCUUAGAGAGCAAAUGGCAAAACGUAAUCUGCAUAAAAAAAUAGUCUUACGUAAAUAUAUCUAUCUAUAAUGAGCGAUAAAUUAUCUUGACAAAAUCUUUUCUAAGUGUUUUAUUUUAUUUCAAUAAAACGAAAUGAGCUGUACAGCAUUUGUUUGGUUUAUUCGUAUGCAAAUUAUAGAGAGCACUUAAACAGAAUAAAAUAUGUACUUGAAGCAUGAAGCGAUCCUCGUUGAGCAAAACGCCCGAACGCCGUUUCAUACUUUCACCCCCCGGUAGUAUGCAAGAAGACCGGCUUCUUUCCCAAUUUUGAAAAACAACAGUGGACUGAAAAUCAACCAACAAACAAAACACUCACAAUUUAAAAAAAAAACACAAAAACAAUCUUCUAACCAAGUAAUGUCUAAAGCUGCUAAAACAACGCGAGUUCAAGUAUGGAAGAAAUGAAACAAAAAAUAAAACUAGAAACACACUAUUAGAUAUACUCACGCACUGAUAGAGAAAAUAUACAAACAAGCAAACAAUGGAAAUAAAAGAGGAAACCACUAAAACCUAGUAAGAUGUAAUCUAAACAAACGCAUAAAGAGGGCGAAUACUGCAAACCAGGAUAGAUGAAGGAAUGAACCACAGCUCUGGGUAAAAAAAUCGGAGAAAUAAGGGAAAAUCGAUAAGAUAAGAAUAACGAAAACUCGAUAACCAAAUUGUACAUUUUUUAAUAAAAAGUAAGAAAAUUUAAA